GUGACUGGGCGGUCUGUCCCCUCUCUCCGUCUGUCUCAUCCUCCCUCUCCCUCACAGCGAGAUGUUGCCGGUGAUGCCUCCGAGUCUGCCCUGCUGAAAUGUAUCGAGCUCUCCUCCGGUUCAGUGAAAGCGACGAGGGACAAGAACAAGAAAAUUAACGAGAUUCCAUUUAAUUCGACCAACAAGUACCAGCUCUCCAUCCAUGAGACCGAAGACCUGAACGAUAAGCGAUACCUGCUGGUGAUGAAGGGAGCCCCUGAGAGAAUCCUCGACCGCUGCUCAACCAUCAUGUUACAGGGCAAGGAGCAGCCAUUGGACGAGGAGAUGAAGGAGGCGUUCCAGAACGCAUACAUGGAGCUGGGUGGCUUGGGAGAGCGGGUCCUGG